CCCACGCCUGAUUGGGCAUAGUGAUCAUAAGAUACUCACUCUGCGCUGCUUCGUGUAAACUUGCUAGGCAGCUGCAGCAUUCAAUCUGCGGAAAUGUCGGCGUCUUCGGUGGCAAUCAGACGAACUGGAAUCGCAAUUCGGCCAAAAUUGACUGCAAAAACUUAUUCAACAGCCUACCAUGAAGCACACAAAAAAAGUUUGGACUGUCGGGAAGAAUUUUGGGCUGAAGCAGCAGAGGAUUUAACAUGGUUCAAGAAAUGGAACAAAGUUAUCGAUCAUUCAAAUCCUCCAUUCACCAAAUGGUUUCUUGGAGGUGAAAUCAAUCAUUGUUACAAUGCAGUCGACAGGCAUGUUGAAAAGGGUCGUGGAUCACAACCAGCAAUUAUACAUGACAGCCCAGUCACAAAAUCUGUUUCCAAAAUGACUUAUUCUGAACUAUUAGACCAAGUUUCACGUUUAGCAGGUGUUCUUUCAAAAUUGGGGGUCAAGAAAGGAGACAGAGUUAUGAUCUAUAUGCCUAUGAUACCUCAGGCGAUAAUAUCGAUGAUGGCUACAGUUCGAUUAGGUGGAAUUCAUGUUGUUGUAUUUGGAGGUUUUGCUGGAAAAGAAUUAUCAGUUCGAAUAAACAGUUGCAAACCAAAAGUAAUCAUAUGUGCCAAUUACGGAAUAGAACCAACACGCCUUGUCAGCUACAAACCCAUGGUUGAUCAAGCAAUUGAAAUGGCGGAACACAAACCAUUGAAGACAAUAGUAUUUCAAAGACCUAAUUUGGAUCCGGUGACUUUGAAUAAUAAUACCGAUGUAGACUGGAAUGAACAAAUGUCAAGUGCUCGUCCUCACGAUUGUGUACCGGUUGAGUCAAAUCAUCCGAUGUAUCUUCUAUAUACUUCUGGCACUACAGGCUUACCAAAGGCUGCAGUACGUCCAACAGCCGGACAUUCUGUUGUUUUGAACUGGAGUAUGCAAAAUAUUUAUGGAGUUAAGCCUGGAGAAAUAUUUUGGACAGCAGCUGAUAUCGGUUGGGCUGUUGGACAUUCAUAUGCUUGUCAUGGACCUUUACUGCACUGUAACACGACAGUAAUUUAUGAGGGAAAACCUGUGGGAACACCGGAUGCAUCAUCAUUUUUUAGAAUCAUCAAUGAUCAUAAAGUUUCAUGCUUAUUCACUGCACCUACAGCAUUACGAGUCAUCAAGCGAGAAGAUCCCAAAGCUACAGCAAGUAGUAAAUAUGAUAUGUCAAGUUUGCGAACACUCUUUGUCGCUGGAGAACACUGUGACAUUGAUACAGCACAGUGGGCAAUGAAAGCAUUCAAAUCACCUGUUCUUGAUCAUUGGUGGCAAACAGAAACUGGCCAUCCUAUCACAGCUUCUUGUGUUGGCCUUGGAAAUUCCCUCGAACCACCUUCAGGAAGUACAGGAGUCCCUGUGCCAGGGUGGGAUGUUCAGGUCGUUGAUGAAGAUGGAGUGCCGGUUGAACCUGGUCAACUUGGAAAUAUUGUUGUUCGACUUCCCCUCAAUCUGGGUACAUUUCAAACUAUUUGGGAAGAUGAUGACAGAUAUGUUGAUACUUAUUUCAAAAAAUAUCCUGGAUAUUAUGACACAAUGGAUGCCGGAGUUAAAGAUGAGAAGGGAUAUGUGUCUGUGAUGUCAAGAACUGAUGAUGUCAUCAAUGUCGCAGGACACAGGUUGUCAUGUGGACACAUAGAAGAGGCAAUCUGUUCGCACAAGGAUGUUGUUGAGGCGGCUGUAGUUGCAAAAGAUGAUGAAAUAAAAGGUUCUACACCAUUUGCAUAUAUUAUUUUGAAACCUGGUUGUUCCGUUGAGAAGAAUCAAAUUUUUCAAGAAAUUGUUCAACUUGUCAGACAACAAAUUGGUCCUGUUGCUGCAUUUAAAGAAGGAAUUUUUGUCAAUCGAUUACCGAAAACGAGAUCAGGAAAAACUCCAAGGAAGACGUUAGAAUCACUUGUCAACAAAAAACCAUACAAGGUUUCACCGACAAUUGAAGAUGAAACUGUUUACCCAGAACUUGAACAGCUUUUGAAAAAUGAAAUGAUGGAAUCCUGAAAUAUUACCUGUUUCUAUUAUCUGCGUUGCAAUAUUCCAAGCAUCAAGAUGCAGAUUUGUAGAUGAGUGUGCAAACUUAUUAACACCUAUUUAUGCUUUAUUUGAGGACAAUGAAGCUUUUUUGAGUUUGCUCAACAAAUAUUUUUUGAUCAUAGUUUUCAACUUCGCCAAAGUUAUUGGUUUUUUCUCCUUCUGACAUUGAAUGUCAAAAAUUGGAGUUUAAAUGUUGGAUUAUUUCUAAAUGGAUAUGCCACGCAAUAAGGAAAUAUGUAAUUUAAAAAGCCAAGGCGAAUUUUAGUGUCUCAACUCUCAAGUUAUUUGAUCAUGAUGGUGUCAUGUUAUACAAUUAGCAAAUGCGAUAAGUUUUGUUUUAAUAUUGAGAAUAUUAUUAAUCAUGCUUUUGUCACAAUUGACAAUAUGCUUAAUCUAAUCAUGCAGUUUUACUUAUUUUGUCAUAUUUUAUUUACAUGAUUUUACUGAAUGAAAUAACAGAUUCAUAUAAUUUUUCUGCCUUAAAUUUGUGCCUUGAAGUGAGGGAAAUUGGUUGAUAUUUAGGAUUUUUGUCAUAAAAAUCUAAUCCACGAGCUACUCAUUUUGAAGUUUACUCUAACCAUUUGUUGCUACCGUUUUAUAUCUAUCUUGACCUGCUAUCUAUCCAAUCUAACAUAUCAAAGCAAAUCUAACAAAAAGCAAUACACCUUGAAAGGUAUUAGGUCUCAAGAUAUUGGGAAACUAUUUAUAUGAUGCAUUUUACAUGUUUUGUAUCUAAUUUGUGUGAAGUCGCAAUUCUGGACAAAGACAAUCAAUUUCACUAAAUUUUUUUUUUUUCAGUACAGAAUUAUAUGUUCGAUAUUGGUGUUUUGUUUCUUAUAAAUAAAUCUAAUUAUAUAUUC